CGCAUGCGCACUGGCGAGUCCCACGACAUAAGGAAACGAAUCAAACAAACAAGUGCGAGGAUUCCCCGUGCAUCGUUUGAACAGCAUGGAUUCAGCAUGGACUGCUCUUGAUGUAGUAACUCAGACUAUGGUUCAAAAAGCGAUUGCCGAUCCCAAGACGGUUGAUUUGGAGAAGCUGUCUAACGCUAUUGUGGACCAGUCAUUGAAAGACCUCUCAUUCUGUAAAGAUGCUGGCCGCAUGUGUUAUGCUGUAGUGCAGGCAGAAGUUCAGAAAGCUGCAACCAGUGUAUUCAGGCGAAAUCUGUUGACGCGUCUACAGCAAGAGUUCACUGCCAGAGAGGAGACCCGAAACCGCUCAGUGCAGGAGUGGGUGUGUUUGGUCACAUUUAUCUGCAGCAUAUUUGAUUACAUCAAGGUGAACAAUGCACCUCUUGUGGCCCUUGUGGAUCCAAUAUAUGACUGCCUCUUUAGGUUGGCUCAGCCUGAUGCCUUGAUGAAUGAGGAAGAGGUGGACUGCCUGGUCGUACAGCUCCAUCGUGUCGGUGAGCAGCUGGAGCAAACAAACUCCCAGCGCAUGAAUCAGCUGUUUUAUUUGCUACGGGAUGGUUUUCUCCUUCAGGAGGACCUCAGCUCCAUGACAAGACUCUUGCUCCUGGAGAUCUUGGAGUUCAGGGCCAGUGGCUGGACCCUCACUAACACUGCGCACAAGUACUACUACAGUGAAGUAGUUGACUGAGGGGGACUGUGAAGAGAAUGAUGUUCCUUGUUAGCAUUAGGAUUUCAAGCGUUCAGUGUUCUCAGAAGGUCUAAAGAGUACUUAAUGGGAGAAAAAAACCAUGUAAUAAUACUAUGGAGAAUUAUGACGGAGCUCGUGUUCAUGCAUUUGCAUGUGUUGUGUUCAGAGUUUGAGUUUAGCUCAGAAUGUUCAGUUUUGGUGUUCUCUUUUGAAGUCAGCAUCAUGAAUCUGCACUGGAUAUUGAUUUGAUGCAAUAAGAAAGGCAAUCACUACCAGAUCCAAAACUGUGAGCCACCAGCAGUAUUCUUGAAUGGUAGUUGUCUUUUCUGUUUUUUUGUUAUUCUUAGAGGUUUGAUACAAUGUACACUCUUCAUAUUUUUACAGGCAGAAGGAUCGUAUUGCAACCUCAGAGGACGAUCGUCUGACCUUUUCCUGUGUUGUUAAAACAAUAGGAUACCUUGUAAAAGUUCCUUAAUUUUAUAUUAGUUUAUAAUGGCCUACAUUGUUAAAGUUUUUGAAUGGGCCAAUAUGUGUGAAAUAUGUUCAGUCAUGUUGGCUGCUGUAAGUUUAUUUUUCAAAACUUGAGUGUUUACAUUGUCUUGUUUAUAUACUAUAAAGUCUGCUAUAUUGAAUUUCAUAAAUAUAAGUUUUGCUUGCUCGCUCUCUCUGCCAAGUUAUAAGC